CGAAUCAAAUGGAUAUUUUUGAUGAAAAUAGGAAUAAAUAUUUUUCAAUUGAAGGAGUGAGCUUAAAACCGGAUAUGAAACUAAUAGUCAAGAUUGAAAUAUUACUGAGAUAACACGAGAUUGUUAUUGGUUUUUGGCUAUAAUAUGAAAUUUUUAGAGCUUCAAACGAAUGUUUGAACUAUUUGCGAAACGAACUUUAAACAAGGUCGACAGAGUAUUUGCGAAUUGUAAGUUAUGUCUUAUAAACUUUUGAAAUGCUACGAAAAUUGCUACAAAAAAAUAUUAUUCACCGUAGGAAUUUUUAAUAAUUUUCUUUUACUUUUGAUCUUGGAUAAAGUUUUGUCAAAUACUGAUAAAGAUUUAGAUAAACGAAAAAUAGUGGAUUUUGAAAAUAAUGAAAUUUCACAUUUUUUCAAAGUAGAAAAAGAAGUUAUUUUAAAACAAAAAAAAUGGGGUCUGCGGUAUGCAACGUGUAAUGGAAAAAACCAAUCACCUAUCGAUCUCAACUUCACAGUACCCGUGAAUCCAAACCUCAAGAAUUUGAAAUUCUCUUUUUAUGACAAAAUGCCAAAAAUUGUUACUCUAACAAAUACAGGAUAUACUGUCAGUUUUAAAGCCAAAUGGAAUGAAAAGAUUCCAAUUGUUAGUGGUGGCCCGCUAAAAGAUGUCUACGUUUUCGAAAAAGGUCAUUUUCAUUGGGGGAAAAAUGACAAAAAAGGAAGUGAACAUACAAUUGAAUGCAAAAGAUAUCCUCUCGAAUUGCAUUUAGUUCAUUAUAAAAGAGGAUAUGGUUCGGUAAAAGAAGCUGUGAAUUAUAAAGAUGGACUUGUCGUAAUUGGUAUUAUUUUUCAAAUAACGAAUCAAAAUAAUUCCAGAGCCACAACUUUUAUUAGAAGAUUGAAAAAAUUGGUAAAUUCACGAAAGACAUCCGUCAAUGUUAGAAAAUUUAAUUUAGAAAGUUUUGGAUUAAAUACAAAUUCGGAAUUUUUGCUUUAUAAAGGCUCCCUGACUACCCCACCGUGUUCGGAAAUUGUGACUUGGAUAAUAAGUAAACAAUUGUCAACUAUAAAUUCUAUGGAGAUGAAUUUGUUCAGAGAAAUAGGCUUAACAAAAGGGAGAAAAUCCAAUUUUCGAUCUCUACAGUGGACAAAUAAACGUAAAGUUUAUUCAUUACAAGCAAUCGCCGAAAAUGUUUAACAAUUAUUUUUUUUAAAUUUACUAAACUGUAUCAAUAAAAAAAAAUUCGAAUUAAUUUAUAC